AUGGCAGCUGCAAUACCUCGUCAUCUUCUUGAAACACUUGUCAAUUGUCCAGCUUGUUUACAACGUUAUAAUGAACCACGAGUUCUACCAACAUGUGGACAUACUGUUUGUACAACAUGUCUUGAAAAUGAAUGGAAUAAUCAAGAAUCAUUAUUAACUAUAAAUGGAGAUAAUGAUAAAUUAAAUCAUUAUUGUCCAGUAAAAAAUUGUCGAAAAGAAAUAUGUCCAACAAUAAAUAAUUAUAUAGAUUUACCAAUAAAUCAAACAGUUCUUGAUCUUAUAGAAUCAUGUAAUUUUCAUGUUGAAGCAACAGGACAAUGCCAUGUUUGUAAUCAAUCACCAUCAUUUGUUAAAUGUUCACAUUGUUGUUUAUUUGUUUGUUUUGAAUGUGCUAAUCAACAUAGACGUGAAGCAUUAACAACAUUAACAAAUAAUAUAAAUACAUUAGAACAAGAAUAUUUAACUAUGAAUGAUCAAAUUGAUCAUGCAAGAGAAAGAUUAAUUGAAACAAGACAAAAAUCCAUUGAUACAAUACGUUUACAUUAUACACGUUUAAUUGAUGAAUUACGUUGUGCACAAAUAACAAAUGAAGAAAUUGUUGAAAGACAAUCAGCGAUUUGUAAUAAUGAACUUGAAUUACUUAUUGAUGAACAUAAACAACGUUGUGAACAAAUAAAUAAAACAAUACAAGAUUUACGUAUAAUAAUAACAGAUUGGUCAACUAUAGAACAAUUUAAACAAUUACAAUUAAAAUUAACACAUUUACAAGAAGAUAUUCAUGAAGCAAAUGAAAUAUUUCAUGAACGUUUACCAGAAAUGAAAAUAUUUGAAUUUGAUAAUGAUGAUUAUAAAAAGAAAUUUUAUAGUAAACAUGUUGAUUCACCAUCACAAACAGAUGAAUUAGUUAUGAUUAAUUGUAAACAAAAUUUAACAAUUUCAACAGAAUCAACACGAAAUCAUCAUUUAGAUGACUCAUGUAGUACAGCUUCUUCAACAAAUAAUGAUCAUAUAAAGAUUUCAAUGCCGACAAAUGGUCGAAUAAUAAAAACGAAUUCAAAUGGUAUAGGAAAUCAUUAUAAAUCACUCAAUGCUAUUCCACAUCAUCACCAAACAUCAAAAAAUCUAUCUAAUGAUAAUAAAAAUGAUACAUUAUAUGAACAACAACAAACAACACGACCAUCUUCAUCAACAAAUACAAAUCAUCGUUCUCAUCCACCUGUUUCAGGAAAUUCAUUAGCAAAAACUGUUUCAAAUUCCAUAGCUGAUCUAUCUAUAGCAACACAUAAUCCUAAAAUUUCAUCAACAACAAUUCGUACAGCAACAUUUCAAUCUAAAUUAGAUAAUUGUAAUAUUGAAUCAUGUAAAAAAAUUCCACUUUCACAAAGUUUUGAUUGGGGAAUGUUAGCAAUAACAAAUACAAAUUUAAUAUUACUUUAUAAUAAAGAUAAAAGUUCAUUAGUUAUAUUUGAUGCUAAUGGACAUGAGAAUGAAAGAAUUCAAUGGUCAGAUGGUGACAUUAAAGAUUUAUGUAUUUAUCAUGAUGAUAGUAUAAUUAUAGUAGGUGAACAUAAACAAGCAUCAAAACCAAUUGAAUGUAAAUUAUAUGUAUGUAAUUUAACACGAAAACAACUUGAACGUGAACGUGUUGUUGAACGUGGUCUUAAUUGUCAACGUGUUGCAUCGGAUGAACAAUUUAUUUUUUAUUCAUCAGAAAAAGGUUGUAAUAAAUCUAAAGUAUCUGUAUUUGAUCAUGAAUUACAAUUACAAAUAACAUUUGAAUCUGGUGUUGAAGUACGAAGUUUAGGUGUUGAUAUGCAAUGUUGUUAUAUAUUAGGUAAAAGACGUGAACGCGAACCAGGAAGAUAUUUUCUUGAAAAACGACAAAAAAAUGGUCAACUUGUUCGUCGUAUUGAUUUAUAUGAAAUAAAUGUUGAUAAUAUGAAUCGAUUGAUUAUUGAUCCAGUUAGUCGUGGUGUUAUUGUAACAGAUGGAGGUAAUAAAAAAAUCUGGGCUGUUGGACCAGAAGGUGAAAAAAAAUCAAUUCAAUAUAGACCAUGGCCAUGGAGUGUGGGAUUUUUAACCAAUGAUACUUUACUUAUCUUACAUGCUGGUUGUUUAACUUUUCAUGCAUCUACUACUAAUAAUAAUAAACAAAUUAAUAAUGGAACAAAAAUACGAAAUGUUAUUCCUAAUGCUGAAAAAGUUUAA